AUGCCAGAUAGCUAUAUUCUAAGCGGUUCAACUGCCGAAGGACAAGGUUAUGCCCGUCGAUGGGCAUCGAAUCUUGAUAAAUUACAAGAUUUAGACUUAAUAAAAUGUAUGGGUGAAAUUGAAAGUGAAAACGAAUUGAUUUCGAUUCCACAUAUGCCAGUUUUCGUGCUUGUUAAAUGGAAUAACAAGAAAUUAGUACAUUUACCUUUUUCAUAUUAUGGAGUUGAGCUCGACGAUGAUGAUUUCUCUCCUCCUAUACCUUUAGUGAAUGGAUUUCAAAUGAAGCGACGUUUGGCAGAACAACUUAAACAAUCGCCUCACUUUCCAGGUAAAAAAUCAGUAGCAACCGAUAAGGCAGCUGUUGAAACACAAGCAACACAUAUUGAUCCAGCUGAUUUGGAUUCAGGUGGUAGAAUAUUCGAAAAAAAUUUAAAAUUUAUUGAAGAACAACGACGUAAACCGAAAGAUAAGAAAUUAAUGGAUAAAUUAUUCGAAAAUUUUGUUUACUAUUGUCGCCAAGCAGCAGUCAAAGAACAGCAGCGAACUGAUUAUUCUUCAAUGAAGGUACUUCCGGCUCCAUUUUCAGAAAACUUCUCAUCUUUUACGCUUCCUUUUAAUCUGAACAUAGCAGAAUAUCAACUAAGUUCUUUUCUUCUCUUAUCACCAAUAUUCGAUUGUCGUUUGCCAACAAAUUAUUAUAAUAAAUGUCGAUUUUUAUUAACAUUUUAUGAAAAAUAUAAAGUUUUAGGUUCCAAGAUUAAUACAUCUUUUAUACCAUUUGUUUUUUCAUUUAUGCAAAAAAGUACGACAGUCGAUAUGGAUUACGUGCCCGCAUUAAAAUUAAACUUUUGGCCAACAAAUAUGCAACCAUUUCUUAAACGUUUGAAAAAUCAUCGUGCUUUACUAUAUGAGAAAAUAAAAAAUACCCACAUGCAUCUUGUACCAAAAUGGUCACGUUUAACACCACUGUCUAAUCAAGUAUUUGAAUUUCGUUAUUCAUUAUCUGAAAUUGAAGUUAUUCUAGCUAAAAAUCGUAAUAUCGGGGAAAAAUGUUUAAAUGGAAUUGCAAGAUCGAUCUAUUAUAAAUAUUUAUAUAGAUCGACUGAAUUAACAUCUUACACUGUAAAAACAACUGUUUUAUGGAUGUGUGAAACAAUUGACAUCGAUGAAAAAGUAUCCAAUAAUGAACUGGCAUAUAAAUGGAUUGAUUUUAUGUGCAAACAUUUGAAAAUAGGCUAUUGUCCGCAUUAUUUUGUUGAAAAUUUAAAUAUAUGGCAACAUCACGAACGCAAAGAUUUGGAUAAAGCUCUUUCUAUCUUAAGAUCGAAAAUUGAUUUAAAUGAUCGAACGGUUCCAACUAACGAUUAUUCUCGACAUUGCGAUGUAUCAUUAUUAAAUAUUCUGGAUGAAGAUCAAAGUGAUCCCGAAGAAUCGAUCAAAGAAAACCUUCUCAGUACAUUUGACGAAGAUUAUAAAGAAUUUCAGCGACAAUGGUAUGGCAGACCUAUAAUAGCAGCAGAAUGUACGUAA